AUGGCCGCCCCCGACCUGUCCACCAACCUGCAGGAGGAGGCCACCUGCGCCAUUUGUCUGGACUACUUCACGGACCCGGUGAUGACUGACUGCGGCCACAACUUCUGCCGCGAGUGCAUCCGGCGCUGCUGGGGCCAGCCCGAGGGCCCGUACGCCUGCCCCGAGUGCCGCGAACUGUCCCCGCAGCGGAACCUGCGGCCCAACCGCCCGCUGGCCAAGAUGGCCGAGAUGGCGCGCCGCCUGCACCCGCCGUCUCCUGUCCCGCAGGGCGUGUGCGCGGUGCACCGCGAGCCGUUGGCCGCCUUCUGCGGGGACGAGCUGCGCCUUCUGUGCGCCGCCUGCGAGCGCUCUGGGGAGCACUGGGCGCACCGCGUGCGGCCGCUGCAGGACGCGGCCGACGACCUGAAGGCAAGGCUCGAGAAGUCCCUGGAGCACCUGCGGAAGCAGAUGGAGGAUGCCCUGCUGUUCCAGGCCCAGGCAGAUGAGACCUGUGCCCUGUGGCAGAAGAUGGUGGAAAGCCAACGGCAGAAUGUGCGGGGUGAGUUCGAGCGCUUGCGCCGCCUGCUGGCGGAAGAGGAGCGACGGCUGCUGCGGAGGCUGGAGGAGGAAGAACUGGAGGUGCUUCCCCGGCUGCGCGAGGGCGCAGCUCGCCUGGGCCAGCAGAGUGCGCGCCUGGCAGAGCUUAUCGCCGAGCUGGAGGGCCGCUGCCAGCUGCCCGCGCUGGGACUGCUGCAGGACAUCAAGGAUGCCCUGCGCAGGGUUCAGGAUGUGAAGCUGCAGCCACCGGAAGUGGUACCCAUGGAGCUGAGGACUGUGUGCAGGGUCCCGGGGCUGGUGGAGACCCUACGGAAGUUUCGAGGAGAUGUGACCCUGGACCCAGACACUGCCAACCCGGAGCUGGUCUUAUCCGAGGACAGGAGAAGCGUGCAGCGGGGGGACCUGCGGCGGGCCCUACCCGACAGCCCAGAGCGCUUUGACCCUGGUCCCUGCGUGCUGGGCCAGGAACGCUUCACCUCAGGCCGCCACUACUGGGAGGUAGAGGUUGGGGGCCGCAGCAGCUGGGCCCUGGGCGUGUGUAGAGAUGACGUCAACCGCAAGGAGAAGGGCGAGCUGUCUGCUGGCAAUGGCUUCUGGAUCCUGGUCUUCCUGGGGAGCUACUAUACCUCACCUGAACGCGCCUUCACCCCGCUCCGGGACCCUCCAAGGCGUGUAGGCAUCUUCCUGGACUAUGAGGCGGGACACCUCUCAUUCUACAGUGCCACCGACGGGUCAUUGCUAUUCACCUUCCCUGAAACCCCCUUCUCUGGGACGCUCCGGCCCCUCUUCUCACCCCUGUCCAGCAGCCCCACCCCUAUGACCAUCUGCCGGCCAAAGGGCGGGCCUGGGGAUUCCCUGACCCCCCAGUGACUCAGGCAUUUCUGGAAGGGUCCCUUUGCCCCUCCCAGCCCCUCUUCCUGACUUCUGGGCAUUUUGUCCCUCAGAGGAUCCAGGAGGAGGGAGCGUGUCCUUGGAACGCCAGCAGGAAUGCACAGUGCCUUUCUCAGUGUGUAUGGGAAAACCCAAAUCCCAGCGCUCCAGGAAACUUCAUGGUGGGUGUGGUAGGCUCUGUCCUCCCUGGGGCCCUCCAGGCCAUCAGAGGCCACUUAGUGCCCAUGGUCACAGCUCUGGCUGCUAUUUUCAGAAACUCUGCAAGCCCAGCCAUGAUAAUGCAGAAUCCAGGGCCUGGCCAGGCACAUGAAAGUCAUCCGGACCCCACUUCCUUGAAGAUGCUGAGGGAGGCAGCUCCACACUCGAUAGUUCCAUCAAACAGGAGGACAAGGAAGAGCUGGUCACCAGAUGUGACUACUUCAUUCAGGAGGUGCAUUUGGAGGCCUAAAGAAGAGAUGGGCUGGGGGAGCCAUGGGGGAAGGGACUGGUGGGCGUGGUCUCUGAGAAGUGCCCAUUGGCAGUGGGGUCCCAGAUGAGGGAAGAGCCAGGAAGUGAUACCUGCAGGCUCUCUGUUGUGUCCUGGAGCCUUUCUGAGCAUGUCACCAGCUGGCUCUGCCCUUGUAAAGGCUUCCUCAGGGCUUGUGUACGCCACCAGCCACCUGCCUUGCUUUCCCCACCUGGGGAAGAGCACUGACUGCCUUGAGCCAGAAGUGUGGGAACCCUGGAGCUGGAUUUGUGUUCAUUUGGGGGUUUCUUUGCCUCCAGAAGGUACUGAUCUUUCCACCCCUCCAUUUUAUUUAUUGUAAGGACAAUGUCCCCACAUUCAAUAAACUUUACCUGUGGUCUGUCA